UGCGGCGCAGUGGUUGAUGGGAUAUGAGCGCCAUCUUGAAGGGCAACAAAUAAUAUCUGUCGAAAACAAAACUUUAGCAGAUUUUUAAAAAAUUUAAGUAAUUUAGCAAUGGUUCGCACCUGUUGUGUUGUUGGCUGUAACGUCCGGUCACACGACCGCAGUGGCAAAAAGAUAGAAAACGGACUUUCGUUUCAUUGUUUCCCUGCCUGGAAACAACGGGAGGGAGAACAUGUAUCUGAGCUGACCAAAAGAAGACGACUGGCCUGGAUAUCAGCGGUGAAACGUCCUGAUAUAAACUUCUCCAACAUUCCAAGAUACAUACAAGUUUGUUCCAAACAUUUCCAUUCUGGCAAACCUUCAUAUGAAAUGGAUGAGCAGAAUCCAGACUGGGUUCCAACUCUGUUGAUGAGCCCCCCCUUAAAUAUGUCGAAAUCAGACGGACGUUCCCGUCGGUUAAAGAGGCACUGCAGCGGUGCAGCGACGGACGUGUGGGAUCGACAAGUGGAGAAGCAGGUUCCAGAGACUCCAUCAGAAACCCCAGAAGAGCCAAAUAAUAAACACACAGCAGUGCUAACUAUAGAAGAGGAGCUCUGUGAGGCUGCAGGUCAGGAAGACCAACAUGAACCAGCAGCAAAAAGGCCACAAAUCAAAUGUCAGCUGUGUGAAGAGAGGAUGGCAGAAGUAGACCGUCUGUUACAGGAGAACAGGGAGCUCAGGUCCGAGCUCAACAAACAACAGCUGGCCGAGAGUUUUUUUAAGGACGACACAAAAAAGGUCACAUAUUACACAGGACUUCCUUGCUUUGCCGUCUUGUUGUCGUUGUUUAACACCGUUAUGCCUUUUCUGCCAGCAUCAAGAAAACUUUCACAAUUUCAAAUGCUUGUACUUACACUGAUGCGUCUUAGACUCGAUCUGCCUGGUCAGCAUCUUUGCCACCUUUUUAAUGUGUCACACAAAACACUGUCUGAUAUCUUUAGUGACACCCUAGAUGUGUUGUACACACACCUUAAGCCGGUGGUGAACUGGCCCGAGAGGCAUUGCUUACAAGCUGCCAUGCCGCCUCAGUUUUUGAAAACAUUUAGAAAGCGUGUGGCGAUUAUUGUCGACUGUUUCGAAAUAGGCACAGAAAAGCCCUCAAAUUUAAAAGCACGCGCACAAUCCUUCUCUGAGCACAAAGGCAGACACACAAUGAAAUACCUGAUUGGUAUCACGCCGCACGGUUCAAUUUCUUUUAUUUCUCACGGAUGGGGCGGGCGUGCAUCAGACAAGCACAUAGCAGAAAACUGUGGCCUUCUCUCCAAUUUAUUACCUGGGGACAUCGUGUUAGCUGGCAGAGGCUUCGAUAUUAAAGACGGUGUAGGAAUGAUGUGCGCCGAGGUCAGAAUGCCAUCAUUCACUAGAGGGAGAGGUCAGCUCUAUGCUAAAGAUGUCGAAGACACGCAGGCUGUAGCUCACCUCAGAAUCCGCGUGAACAGAGUGAUCGGUUGCAUGAGGAACAAAUUCAAAGUGUUACACGGAACUGUGCCGGUAAGUUUGCUGCUCACAUGUGAGGGAGAAGAGACGACACUCCUUGAUAAGAUUGUGUUUGUGUGCUGCAGUUUGGUGAACAUGGUUGUAAAACCAAACACAAAAAACACCUCCACAUGUUAACAUGGAAAACAUAGACUGGAGAAAAAAAAUGUUUGCUGCACUCAUUGUUUUGAACUGUUUGUAG